UUUCUUAACUCUUUUUAGAACUCGAAGUAACAUAAUUUAGAGAGAGAGAGAAUAUAGACGGUGUGGGUUGGCAAUAAAGUCUUAUAAUACACACAUGACACAUGAGAGAGAGAGAGUUCAUGAGAGUCGGUCUAGGAAAGGAAUGAGGAGUGGAGCGAGGAUUUGGGCGAGAAAUGAGUGAGAAAAUAAUAUUCGCAGGGCUUUAGAUUUGCAUGGUUUGAAUUUUGAAAAAAUAUAGGCUUCUUUUUUUUCAUUUUUGUUUUGACAUGUGAUAUAUUUAUAUAUAUCUCAUCUGUCUCUCAGACAAGCAACUGGGUUUGAGAAAAAUCAGAUACCUCUCAGAUACUUUCUCUCCAUAGACUCCUUCGCUUUCUCUCUCCAAUCUAUGCUGAAAACUUGGCAAAGCUUUUGGGUUUGUUCCUCAAAUUCCACAAUCUAAGAGAUUUGUGCAAUCUUUGCCAGCUUUGGUUCUUCAAAUUGCUUUAGAUUUGCACUCCAGAUUUGAUUUCAAAAUGAUGGGUUCUUGAAAGUCAAUGAUUUAUUUCUAUCUCUAAAUCUUUGUAUUAUUUCUUGUCAAGGAAGAGAACUAGAGUGGCUCAAGAAAGUAUAACAAUUAGCAACAGAAGCAUGAAAAACAGAAACUUGGCUGUCUCUCCGUUUCUUGGUAUCAGGUUUUGUUCCUGACUUUCUUGAAAUUUAUAAACUUUAGAUGGAAAAGAACAAAAAUGGAUCAAGUGGACAAAGACCAAAAGUAUAGCAAUAGCAGUGGCGGUGGCGGUGGUGAUGAUGGUGGUAGUGGUGGCAUUGUUAUGGGAGGUUUUGCUAGAUCUUCCAAAAGGCCAAAGCAAAAGAAAGUCCCACAAAGAGGACUUGGUGUGGCACAGCUUGAAAAGAUCAGGCUAGAAGAACAACAAAAGAAAGCUCCAGCUGCAAUUUUGUCACCACCACCACCACCACCACCUUCAGUAUCAGCAACCAAUUCUUCCAUUCUAUCUUUGCCAAUUCCAGAUUACCAUCUUUCAAAUCCAUCUUCCUCUUCUAUCCCAUUCUCUUCUCUUUCCCAAACCGAUCUUUCUUUGCCAAAUUUGAUAAUUAGGCCAACUCAAAACAUUGGUGUAAAAAAUUCAAGCACUCCACCGUUGCCUAAAUUGUGGAACUCUUAUGACUAUAAUCUUGAGAAGGAGACUUCUGGGGUGGAUCCAGGAUUGGCUUUUCGGUCGAAUUUGAAUUUGCCUUAUGAAUCCGACAACCCCUUUUGGCCUCCACCUGGUUUCAUGCCAAGAACACAACAAUAUCAGCAUCCUUCUCAUUCAAUGGCGAACGUCUCAUCAGGGACUUCUUCAUCAUCAUCUGUAAUAAAUUUUCAGAUGGAGCCCCCUUCAAACCAAAGCUACUAUGGCAACUAUACACCCAUGUGGCCGGAGGAAGAGAAGAUGGUUGGCAUGAAGAGGCCAUAUCCACUCUCUCUAGACAAUCCACCAGGCCCGUCUUUCAACUACAAAUUUCCAACCCCUGUUGCUCCUAUAAGAUCAGAUGAAUCAGCUUCAUGUGGAAAUGGAGGCACAUUUAAUUUCGAUGCCGGAGAUGCAAUUUAUAGAGAAGGCCCUUCCUGCUCAACUUCCAACUCCAAGCUGAAUAAUCCAAAGCAAAGUUUCAAAGAAAAUGAGGUUGUCUAUGGAGAUUUUCUCAAACUAGCUCCACCUACAACCACUUCAACGUGUCCAAGCUCAAAGUUCAAGCACCCUUCGGCUUGUCUAGCCUCUUAUAACCACAAAUUCCCUGAUUUUGAAUCAUUACCUUAUCAAGGAAGUAUACAAGACCCAAUUGUCCAGGCAGGACUAAGUCAGUUGAAUCAACAACAGCCUUUUUAUAGCUUCUUCCCACCAGCAAAGGUGCAGAUUGACCAAGCAACAACUAUGAACAAUUGUAAUGGUGAAGUAGGAGAAAGUGUUGAUCUCAAUUUGAAGUUAUAAAUGACUUAGCCCAUUUUUCUCUUCCAUAUCUUCUAGUUUGUUUUGUAGGCUAGUUAUUAUUCUUAUUAAGAGACAAUACAAGAAACGUCUUCUCUUUCUUUUU